ACCUUAUUGGUUUGAUUUGUCAUUUGAUACAAUAUGGUUUGAUUCCAAUGGACACUGGAUUCUUGCUAGAUUCCAGUGGAUUGUUUCUGAUUCUGACUGGUCUGUGUGUUCUGAAUCCUUAUUUCUGAAACCUGAAUUUCUAUUAGCUUGGUUUCUGUUUCUGUCCUCCUGAAAGUAAAGCUACAAAUUACAUCAGCUUGUUUCUUUAAAUAAUAAAUUGUCUUAUAUUAUAGCUCCACCAUGACUGAAGAGCAGAUAAAUGACCUGUCCAUUAAUGAAGAUGAUGACUUAGUGGAUCCGUGGAAUGUAGCUGGGAAGUCACAAACAGGAAUAGAUUAUGAUAAAUUAAUUAAAAGAUUUGGUAGUCAAAAAAUUGAUGAAGAAGUCAUUGCAAGGUUUGAAAAAGUUACAGGAAAGAAAGCACAUCAUUUUCUAAGACGAGGCAUAUUUUUCUCUCACAGAGAUAUCCACAGUAUUUUGAAUCUCGUAGAGGCGGGCAAAAAGUUUUAUUUGUACACUGGUCGGGGGCCCUCAUCAGAUAGUAUGCACAUUGGGCAUAUGAUACCUUUUAUGUUCACAAAAUGGUUGCAAGAAGUAUUUGACGUUCCACUAAUCAUACAACUCACUGAUGACGAGAAAGCCAUGUGGAAGGACAUCAAAAUUGAAGAUGCAAGACAAAUGGCUUUCAGUAAUGCAAAGGACAUCAUAGCUGUGGGAUUCAACCCUGCUAACACAUUUCUUUUUAACGAUUUGGAUUUUAUUGGACAAUGCCCAGCCUUCUACCAGAAUAUGGUUCGGAUACAAAAGUGUGUAACGUUCAACCAAGUGAAAGGGAUCUUCGGUUUCGGUGACUCUGACGUCAUCGGGAAAAUCACUUUCCCCUCCAUAGAGGCUGCGCCCGCAUUUUCAACUACCUUUCCUUUCAUAUUUGAAAACAAAGUUGUGCCCUGUCUAGUCCCUUGCGCCAUCGACCAAGACCCCUACUUCCGAAUGACGCGUGACGUGGCGGCGCGGCUCAAAAUGCCCAAGCCUGCGCUGCUGCACUCCACAUUCCUGCCCGCGCUGCAAGGCGCGCAGCACAAGAUGUCCGCCAGCGACCCCAACGCCUCCAUAUUCCUCAGCGACACGCCCAAGCAGAUCAAGAAUAAGAUAAAUAAAUACGCGUUCUCAGGCGGUCAGGCCACAGUCGAGGAGCACAGGGAAAAAGGUGGCAACACCGAUGUGGACAUCUCUUUCAAGUACUUAACCUUCUUCCUGGAAGACGACGAGAGAUUAGCGGAGAUUAAAAAAUUAUACGAAUCCGGCGAGAUGUUGACGGGAGAACUGAAGAAGAUCGCGAUAGAGACAAUAACGCCCGUCAUCCAGGACUAUCAGGCUCGAAGGGCCAAGGUCACGGAUGACGUCAUGCAACAGUUUUUCGCUUUAAGGAAAUUGAACUUCUAGGAUUCAAAGGCAUACGUGUGUGAAGAAACUAUCUUUUGUCAUAAGUCUUGACAUUGCUUUGCUUUUAUUUCCAAAAUUUUAGACACUGACCUCUAUUAAUAUAAGUACGCUGGAAUUGUGAUUGCAGACCUGUUUUUCAAGCAACUUGAUUAUCACCAUUUUGGCGUUGAUAGCAGAAGUGAGCGUCAUGUGAGCUUGGAAUUAAAUGUUCUUAUUCUUCUUAUUUUGUUUAAUGGCUUUUAGUUGUGCCACACCAGCACAAUGCACUUCGCCAUGUCUACACAAUGUCAACACGAAGGCCAUCUGACACAAAAUGUCAAUUUUAAUUCCGAUACGCUUUGAAUCAGCACUAAAAAACUUAUUUUGUACGGUACACCACUUCCAGCAUACUUGUUUAUCUCAAUUUCAGUGUUUAGACAGUCAUUUCAGUGCUGCAAAUUCUAUUGAGAGAUUAUUGUUAUUUGUUUUCUUCAUACAGAAAGGCUGUGUUUAUACUUUGUACAUGAAUUGAAAAUAAGCUCAGUUAUUAAUUACUUAUAAGUUAUUAUUAUUACAUGUUAGCAAAAAUAUCAAUAAAGCAUUUAGUGGUACUGAUUCUGAUCGCAACUAAAUUUUAGAAUACUUAUUCGCAUCUUUGCUUACCAAUGUACCUAAUAAGAAAAAACAGACUAACUUAAUUUAGUUUAAAACUGUCAAACCUCGUAACUUUCAGGAGCCAGUCUUGAGCUUAGUGCAGAGUAGCACUAAAAUUUGGUAUUUAAUUUAAAAUUCAUUUUCCGUCCUUAUUUUAGCAAUAUAAAAAAUAAAAGAAUGCAGAUAUUCUAAAUUUAGUUUAAAGAAAAACAUCAGAAUCGACGCCAGUAUCUCAAUUGUAGCUAAUUCUGUUGUACACAAUCUCUAAACUGAAUUAAAAUGACAGCUCUAAAAUCCCUUUCAUAAUUUUCACUGUGGAAAAAAUAGUACUCUAGAAUUAGAUCUGUUUUAGGGAUUGAGUACAACAGAAUUAGCCACAUCAUUUUUAGUUUAGUUUUUUGACAAUGGCCGAGAAGCGCUGUCCAUUUUUUCGGAUGUUUUUUGUAUAUAAGGCUUAUAUUUUUAAGUUUUAAGGCGCUAUUUAUUACUUUACCUCUCGUGGAAUAUAUUUAUUUUUUCAAAUUAAUUAAACCACACUUAAAACUUG